AUGCCCCCUUCCCCUUCCUGCCCCUCUCCACCUGUCAUCGUCCACGGCUUCGGGGUCAAAGACCGACGGACGGCCGUAGACCGGUUUUCGACUCUGCACCGUUUUCGUUCGAAGGCUCAAAUUAUUACCCCCCCCCCCCCAUCCCCUUCACUACAUCUGCAGUCAUCUACGGAUUCGAGCCGCGAGUCGUCGACCGACGGAACGCCAUGCGACCGCUUUUCAACUCUGCACCUUGUUUCGAAGGAUCAAAUAAUACUCUUCUCCAUCCACCAGCGGCAAUCUACGGAUUCGAGCCGCGGG